UAUGAAUUAAAUAAAAGUACAUAAAAGCUAAUAUGAAUAUUUAUUUAGAAUAAAGUUAUUGAAUUUUUGAAAAGAUUGCAUCUUCGGUAAAGUCAAAUUCUACACUUUUCUCCUAUAAAAAGACCUGCCGUUAGUUGGAUGCAAUAACUGAGGUGGCGCUUAAAUCAAUUUCUGUUCGGCCUAAUUUUUGAUGAAACGUUGACUGUUUUACCAACGCGGAAUUCGGAGUUCGGCCUCGACGUUUGCAUCACUGUAACGUUGAAUGAUUGAAUGUUUUAGUCAAAAACGAUGCAAUGAUGGAUGUAGAUUUGUUAAGACCAGGCACAGUGCCAAUAUCACCUGAUACAAUUCUUUGGUUUGAAUUUUUAUUAAAUCCAUCUCUGUUACAACAACAUUUAUCUAAAUCUUCACCCGAUCCUUCAGCUACAGAUUUGAUAAUCAAAUUUAUGACAAUCAAUUCAGAACAGAAGGAAAAUGAAGUGAAAAUUGUUGAUACAGAAACAAAUGACACAAAACCUAAUGCUACAAAUAAGUUAACUCAUAGAAAUCUCGCUUUGAAGAUUCUUUCUUUGAAAGUAGCAGCAUAUUUAAAAUGGGAUUUAGAUAUAUUAGAAAAAAAGUUGCCAUUACCAAUACAAUUGACAUUGCUACAAGAUCUCUUCUAUGUGACAUCAGAUUUAUCUGUUGAAAUCCCUGUAGUACCUGAAUUUACGAUACAUUCAAUUUCUGACCAAGCUUUAUUUACAAUUGUUCUUUAUCAUAGAUGGCACAUAAGAGCAAUUAUUUAUAGAGCUUUAAAUAACAAACAAUCUAAGCAACAGUUUCUUCAUAUUCCAGGUAUUCAGGAAUCAACUUAUGUCCCUCCUGGAGUAAUAGAUGAUAUAAUUAGAAAAUUAGAAGCUCAAGUAUCUAACAGUAUAAAUUUUUUAAAUAAUAUUCUUGAAACUAAUGACAUAAAACCAAAAAUGUUGUCCUUUGAUACUUUUCAAAUGUUAACAGAAGAUAGCACUGAAAUUAAACAAAAUUGGGAAAACAUGUAUUCUAUAAGCCUAGAUGAAUUUAAAUGUCAGAUACAUUAUGAUCUAGCAAGAUUUCAUUUAUUAAAAGAGGAAUAUCAAGAAGCAAAACGACAUACUAUACAAGCAAAGGAAUUAUUUUAUAAACUUGAUAAUUUAGAAAAGCGAUUAUAUUGUAGAAUUAAGAAGGAAUGUUUAGAUGGCUGCUGCUUAGCAUGCGAAGUAUCUGUAGAAGGAGUUACUUCUAGUCUUACUCAACAAUUACAAACUUCGAUCAAAGAUCAAUACACUAAUAUAUUACAAAUUUUACAAGCGGAUAAUAUUGCUAGAGAAAUUCCACAAGUUUAUAGAGAUAAUUUAGAACUUGAUGUACAGGGAGGAUCUGUUAAUAGGAAGAUUGUAGUAGCUCGCGAUCUUUUGCUUCAAAUUCAGUGUUUAAAUUUGGUUCGAAAAAUUUUGGAUGGUAAUGUUAUUCUUGGUGAUUAUGUAACAGAAAUACAAGCAGCUGGAAAUAAAGGGGUUGAUGUGUUCUUUUGGGCACUUGGACAUGUUUUGGAAAAAGCAACUGCUACGGAUAAAAAACGUAUUUCCCGGUAUCUUCUUUACCUUGUAGAUAUGAGUAAUACUGAGGGAAUUGCUUCCAAAAUACUUGGUGAUCCUUCAUAUAUAGCACUGUUUGAUGAAAAAGAAUUGGAAGAAAUUAGAAAAUCAGCUACUGACGAAGAACUUGAAUUACCGGAGUUAUUGUUAAAAAAUGACUGGGGUAUAUCAUUAGCGACGUAUACCCAAAGCCCAAAGAUCGAAAUAUUUGAAUUAGAACAAAAGUUAAUACAUUCAUAUAACACUACUGAAAUUCACGAAAUAUUGGUACAUUUAGAUGGAAAACAUCGAAUGAAACCUUUAUGGCAUGUAAAUAGUUGUUGGGAAUUACCUAUUCCAUUACAAAGCGUUGUAAUGUCACUUCCUAGAGGUUUCCUUCAAGAUUAUUCAUAUGUGUUGUUAGCAAAAAGUAGAGAGUUGGUAAUGUCUAAAGAUUUUGAAGGGGCAAUUGAAAUUUUAAAUGUAUUAGAGAAAGAAGCACAGCAACAUACACAAAGUGGUAACACAUUAAUAUUUAAGUUAUGUAAAUUGGUGAAUUGGGAGUGCCUUCUUGUUGAAAUAUGGAGAUGUCUUCAUGCAUGGCCAGCAACAAAUAUAUGCGAUACGCAAAGUUUAGUUACAAGGUGUAAGCAAUGCCUUGGAGCAUUACAAGCAACCGAUCAAGUUAUUCCACGUCAAGAAAUUAUUGAGUAUUGUACUGUUUUUCUUUUAAAUAUGGCUGAGUGGGACUAUCUUACAAGUUUAGAAAAGCGUUGGAGUUACUCGGAAUUUGCUGCAGCUAUCAGUAGUGUUUGUCAAGACAUUGUAAAGUACAAGGGAAAUAGGAAAUUUCCAAGAGAAGCUUGGGAUAUGGUUUUAGCUGCGUUUGGACCGAGUAGAGAUCAACCACAAAAACGAAGUAACAGUGGUAAUAGCGGUACUAGUACCGGUAGUGCUUCAAGAGAUGUUAUCGCUAGCAUAAGUGGUACCCUUAAUAGAUUACGCGAACCUAUGGGAUCCUCAAGUUCUGGACCUAUGUCUUCAUUGAAUAGCUUAUUUUCAUUCACUAGUCCUGCUGUUAAGAAGUUACUUGGAUGGAAACAGGGUGAUGAAGAGGAAAAGUGGGCAGAGAAGGCAGUUGAUUCUUUAGUAAAAAAAUUAAAAAAGCGAAAAGGUGCAAUAGAAGAACUAGAACGUGCUUUAAGCUGCCCAGGUACACCUAGUAAAUGUGUAACAAUUCCAAGAAGCUUAGAUGGAAGAUUGCAAGUUUCACACCGUAAAGGUUUACCACAUGUAAUUUAUUGUCGAGUAUGGAGAUGGCCGGAUUUGCAAUCGCACCAUGAACUUAAACCAUUGGAAUUAUGUCAAUACCCUUUUUCUGCAAAACAGAAAGAAGUUUGCAUUAAUCCUUAUCAUUAUAAAAGAGUGGAGAGUCCAGUAUUACCACCGGUACUGGUACCUAGACAUUCAGAAUAUGCUCCUGGACAUUCAUUAUUGCCAUUUCAACAAAUAGCAGAACCAACAAUGCCACAUAAUGUAUCCUACUCUUCCAGUGGAUUUAAUGCUGGAUCUACUGGUGGUGUAAAUCCAACUUCACCUAUGUCUUCUGUUGGAUCUGUUCCCAGUCCAGGAAGUACAACAUCGCCAAAUCCACAAAGUCCGUAUGGUACUAAUGGAUUGCCAGAAACACCACCUCCAGCAUAUUCUCCACCAGAAGAUGGUUCACAGCCUGGACAAUCACCACCACCAGAUCCAGUGGCAAUGGAUACAAGUGGAUCAGCUGAAGUAGCACCUGUGUGCUACCAAGAACCACCUUAUUGGGCCUCUAUUGCAUAUUAUGAAUUAAACUGUAGAGUGGGUGAAGUAUUUCACUGUCAUUCUCAUUCUGUUAUUGUGGAUGGUUUUACAAAUCCAAGUAACAACUCUGAUCGUUUUUGUCUUGGACAAUUGUCUAAUGUAAAUCGAAACUCAACUAUUGAAAAUACAAGAAGACACAUAGGAAAAGGAGUACACCUUUAUUAUGUAGGCGGUGAAGUUUAUGCAGAAUGUUUGUCUGAUUCUGCUAUAUUUGUGCAAUCUAGAAAUUGUAAUCAUCAUCAUGGAUUUCAUCCUAGUACAGUUUGUAAGAUUCCACCAGGAUGUUCACUGAAAAUAUUUAAUAAUCAAGAGUUUGCUCAGCUGCUCUCACAAAGUGUUAAUCAUGGUUUUGAAGCAGUAUACGAGUUAACAAAAAUGUGUACUAUAAGAAUGUCAUUUGUUAAAGGCUGGGGUGCCGAGUAUCAUCGACAAGAUGUUACAUCAACACCUUGUUGGAUUGAAGCACACUUACAUGGACCCUUACAGUGGCUGGAUAAAGUGUUGACACAAAUGGGUUCUCCCCACAAUGCUAUAAGUUCUGUAUCAUAAUUUGUGCUUCAUGUUUAAUAGGAAGAAGAUAAAAUAGUGAUAUGUAGGUAAAAACCAGAUUCAAGAGCAGUUUUUAAUAUUAAAUAGUGCGAUAGUAAUAUAGACAUUGAAAGAGAUUUAAAAAAAAAAAUAGAAGAAAUGGUAAGUGAAAAAAAAAUGCUGUCCCAAUAUGAGACCUAUUUCGUAUAAGCAUAAUGAAGAAAGUUGAUAAUAUAAUUUGUAUGAAAGUAACGGAUUGCAAAAGUCAAUAAGUAUUGAAUGUGAUCCUUAAUAAGAAAAAAUUUUCAGAGAUCAUAAUGUGCGCAUAAAAGCUGUACAAUUUUUUGGCUGUUACAUAGGAAAGGAAUUCUAGUAAAAAUAUAACGUCUUACAUAUAUAAGAAAAAUCAUAUUUUUCAAAUAUAUUCAACUACAUUUAAUACAUUAUUUUAUAUGGAAAAUUGUUAUGAAAAUGUUUCCUAAUGCUAUAUCAUGAAUGGCUUCGUUAGUUUGUUUUUUAAGAUGUAUACGGAAAUUACAAAUUGAAAAACAAAUCAGCUAAACUGAAACGACAACAAUUAGAAGCUAAUAGAAAUCAAUGAUUUAAAUUUCAAUCAAAUAACAUUAUGACAUUCACGGUUUUAAAAAUAAUAUGCAUGCUUUUGAAGCAUCUGAUUUAUGCCUAAACAAGCCUUAGAUUAUUGAAAUUUACUACUAUAAUAAUGAAGACUAUAAUAUAAAUGUAAUUAAUUUCGAUUUUACUAAUGAAAAUGCAAUUAAUAUUUCAAUAUAGACAUCAGAUGCUGAUCUCACGUUAACAUUUGAAAGUUAACUGCAUCCGAUGACAUAUUGAAAUAUUAAAUAUAUUCGAUAAUGCGUAUGAAAAAUAAAAAAUAUUUUUUGUGCAACGUUCCCUAACAUUCGUGUAAUGUAAGCCUUUGGAUGUAGCCUUAUAAGAAACUAAUGUGACAACUAACAUAGAGUCAUAUUUGCAGCUUGUCAAAUUUGAAAGUAAUAUAAGAAUUAUACAUUAACUUUGCACUUUUCAGAAGUAUUUGUAAAUUUUAAACUUUAAACAGAAGUUAAUGUACAUAUGAAAAAGAAAGUAUAUCAAUUACGUGCAUGGUAUUGUGUGCAAUUUAAACGAUUGGUAUUACAUUUUGUAAAAAAUCGAAAAGCUUUUAUUAGUUGAAUUCUGAAAAGUGCCAAAAUCGUAUGUAUGUGAUGCUUUAUCUUUCUCAAAUUAAACUAGUUAUUUCUGUAAAUAAACAGACAAUAUAAGCCUUGACGAUAAAAAAAACGAUGAAUUUUGCAUAAAAAAUAUUCGGUUAUAAAAAACAUGUUACUGUAAACUUUAGAAUAAUAAAUAUACGUGUUCUGUGAGAGUACCAUUACAAUAUUGAACGUACCGAAUCAUCUAUCGCAUACAUGCGGUAAUGAGCUAGAAAGGUCAUAUGAAUAUUUAGUUGAGAUUAAAUAAAAAUUAAAAAACGUGGGGAAAUGUCAUAAGCGUCAACAAAUCAUUAUAAAUAAUGCUAUUGUCCGUGUCUUUUUAUGUAAUUUAUAACCGAAGAACAGUUUACCUACACUGACUACUUUCUUAAUUUUGCUUAAUUAAGAUACACAGGUAUUACUGAGAAAAAGCACAAAUUUUUGACCUCAAUGUUGUAAUCGGAAAUACCUGUGAUGUGAUUUGUAUUCGAAUGAUCUUCUGGCUUGAUGAUAACUUCAUAGUUAUUUUACAAAUUAAUUUUUUUUUAUGUAUAUUCUACGUAUGUAUAUUUCAAUUACAAGUAUGAAGACGGUAUACGGAUCAUAAUAACGUUAUCUAAGAGUACUUGAGAACUGUGGAACAGAAGUCACUGCCGCUUGCUCUUACUUAUUUGUCGAUGUACCUAGCUGUGAUUCUUUGCUACCAAAUUUAGCAAAUUAUGUGUGGGUGAUCAGCGAUGCUCUAUAUUUGCACUAUUGAAUCAAUGAAGAUGAGUAUUUGAAUUGAUUAAAAAAAUGCCAAUCGUACAAGGAAAUGUGACAAUAAACCUCCGUUCUAAACAAGAGAAAGGACUUUUUACAACGAGGAAUAAAGAUAUUCACUCAUUAGAACGUUAUCUUAUCGUACCAUUUACCGUUUUGUUCAUGAUCACCUGUUAAAUCUGUUUAGUUAAGAAAGAAAAAAGACAAUACUUCUUUUUAUUGAAACAAUGCUGUAAUUGGUAUUGAUAAAGUUUUAAAAUAUGUAUAUCAAUUAAAACAGAUGUGAAUUAAUGUUUUAGGUAUAUCGAGCUUGUCGCACACGUAACGAGCACAAUGCUUUAUUGCAAUAUGUAUGUAUGAAUAGUUACAUAUAUGUAAUACCUAUGUUUAGAGCUUUUACUCUUUGUUGAUAUUUUUCUUGAUUUCUUUGUUAAUCGAUGCACAGUGUAUCACAAUUCUCAUUUCCAAAUCACCCGAUAUUGCUUCUUAAUCUUUUUCAUUAUUUUGCAGAACUUGUACCUAUGAACGAAGGCCUAGUUAAUCAUUGAAGUAACAAACUAUACUGCUACGAGUUAACGUAUUUGAGUACGGUUUGGUGCUAUUUAGGCUUCUGUUAGUUAAAAGGAAGUGGAAAGAAGAAGUGUCCCAAUACCUGCCCUGUUUGUCUAUGUUUUCCACGUGCAAGGAUAAGAGAUUCUCAGUUAGGCUCUCCCAGAGUUCUCUUAAGAUUAAAGGCCACUUGUGGAUGUCUCCUCCUAUAAUUACUCUUAACCAAGAGAAGCCUACGUUGCACUUGAGUGUACAUGCCGCCCAAGUUGUGCCUUGGAUGCCUUUUAUAUUAUAUGUUCAUAAUAAUUAUGAAAGUAUGAGAAGAAGUUUUUACUAUAAUAUACGAUGGAACGAAUGGAUGGAUCGUUUGCUAAAUAGUCUUACCAGCAAACUGUGUAAAAUCAAGUUUUUGCCUGCAAUGAUGAAUUUGAAUUAUAAAGAUAUAUUUAAUGAUAUAAUAAUUUUGCAGAGGGGUAUGUAUAUGAAUGUAUAUAAAUGAACUAUCAUGAUUGGUGAUUUGGAAAGAGAUUCGUGAUUAAUUCUAGAUGUCAGUCAGUGUAAAUAAAUUCUUUUAGUUGUAAAAAAAAAAAAAAAA